CUCCAAUCUUUCUGCACUCUCUCUCCCUCUCUCUCUCUCUCUCUCAUCCCAAAUUCCAAUCUAUCAAAACCCUCCGAUCAAUGGGCCUGGUAGAAGCAGGAGACGAAAAUGCCCACGAGGACGCGCCCACACUAACUCCCCCCACCACCAUGUUCCGCUACAACUCUCCCCUGGUGCAGGUUAUCCUCAUCGGCCUUGUCUGCUUCUGCUGUCCUGGCAUGUUCAACGCCCUCAGUGGUAUGGGCGGUGGUGGGCAGGUGAAGACCACCGCAGCCAACAACGCCAACACGGCCCUCUACACGACCUUCGCCAUUUUCGGCAUCCUCGGCGGUGGGAUCUACAACGUUCUCGGCCCCCACCUCACCCUCCUCGCCGGCUGCUCCACCUACAUCCUCUACGCAGGCUCCUUCCUCUACUACAACCAUUACCCGCACCAGGGCUUCCCUAUCGCUGCCGGCGCCAUUCUCGGUAUCGGCGCUGGCCUCCUUUGGUCUAGCCAAGGCGCCAUCAUGACAUCCUAUCCUCCGCCAGAUCGAAAAGGCACCUACAUCUCCCUCUUCUGGAGCAUCUUCAACCUCGGUGGCGUCAUCGGCGGCCUGAUACCCUUCAUCCUCAAUUACAACCGCAAGACCGCGGUCUCUGUCAACGACGGCACCUACAUCGCCUUCAUGUGCUUCAUGUCCGCCGGCACCCUCCUCACACUCUCAAUCCUCCCACCUUCCCGCGUCGUUCGCGACGAUGGCUCCCGCGCCACCAAUGUCAAGUACUCCAAUCCCUACAUUGAGGCCAUUGAGAUUGGGAAGCUGUUCAUCAACUGGAAGAUGAUCCUGAUAAUCCCCGCCUCGUUCGCCAGCAAUUUCUUCUACAGCUAUCAGUUCAACAAUGUGAAUGGUCUGAUGUUCAACGUGCGAACGAAGGGGUUGAACAAUGUGUUCUAUUGGGGGGCCCAGAUGCUGGGAUCUGUUGCUAUAGGAUAUGUUCUUGAUUUCAGUUUCAAGAGCAGGCGAAUGAGGGGUUUUGUCGGGAUUGGUAUUGUAGGCUUGCUCGGCACUGCAAUUUGGGGCGGCGGGCUUGCAAACCAGUUGAAUUAUACGCGUGAAGAUAAGCCCGAACCAUUGGAUUUUAAGAGCUCAGGUAAUGAUUAUGCGGGCCCGUUUGUGUUGUAUUUCAGCUAUGGGUUGCUGGAUGCCAUGUUCCAGAGCAUGGUUUAUUGGGUGAUUGGAGCUUUGGCUGAUGAUUCCGUGACCCUUAGCAGGUAUAGCGGAUUCUACAAGGGGUGGCAGAGUGCGGGGGCAGCCGUGGCCUGGGCAAUUGAUAAGCCUAAAAACACGUUGCUAAUGGAGCUGAUCUUGAACUGGUCCCUUAUGACAAUUUCUUAUCCUUUGCUGAUCUUGUUGAUCUUCUUGGCUGUGAAGGACGAAGGCGGCAAGCUUGACGUAGAGGCAGCAAGCACUACCCCGAAACCAUCUGCCCCUUCUGCAGGGAAGGAAGGUUUUGGAAAGGAGGAAGAGUUAAGAAAGCCUCUCUGAGGAAUUUGUAUCACCUCUUCUUUCUUCUUCUUCUUCUUUUUUUGGGUUUUACAACAGGAAUAAUGUUCUUUGGUGUUUACAAGAAUGUGGGAGGUUGGAGAAUUGUAAUAUUUUGUGGGAUACUGUAUUUUUAAGCUAAUUCAUUUCUUGGUUGGUUGCAAUAA